AUGAAGCAAACAACAGUGUUGGCUAUUGCCGGCCUGCUUGAGUCCGCUUAUGGCCACGGCUACCUUACCAUUCCAUUUAGUCGUACCCGACUUGGUGCCCAAGCUGGAAUAGACACUUGUCCGGAGUGCAAUAUUCGCGAGCCCGUGUCAGCCUGGCCGGACGUCACAGCAGCGACUGUCGGACGGAGUGGUCCCUGCGGCUACAACGCCCGCGUUAGUGUCGACUACAACCAACCCUCCUCGAACUGGGGUAACUCGCCCGUUGCAACUUAUACUCGAGGCCAGGUCGUUGACGUGCAAUGGUGUGUGGACAACAACGGUGAUCACGGCGGAAUGUUCAGUUACCGAAUCUGCCAGGAUCAAGCCCUCGUCAACAAGUUCAUAACACCAGGAUACCUACCUACAGAUGCCGAAAAGCAGGCCGCCGAGGACUGCUUCCAACGAGGCACCCUCUCGUGCACUGAUGUCUCUGGACAGAAUUGCAACUAUAGCCCCGACUGCACUUCCAGCGAGCCAUGCUGGCGCAAUGACUGGUUUACCUGCAACGCGUUCCAAGCAAGUAGCCGUCGUGCGUGUCAGGGAGUUGAUAACGCUCCUUUGGGAUCGUGUUAUACGUCUAUCGCGGGCGGCUACACUGUGACGAAGAAGAUCAAAAUCCCUGACUACGUCUCCAAUCAUACACUGCUCUCGUUCAGGUGGAACUCCUUUCAGACAGGGCAAGUUUACCUUACCUGCGCCGACAUUGCCAUCUCAGGUGGCGGAAGUAAUCCCGUAACGUCAACACGAACGAGCACCGCUUCCCCAACCGCGACCAGCGGCGCCUGUACAGCAGCCAGUAGCGUGGCUGUUACCUUCAACGAGAUCGUUAAGACGGUGCCGGGGCAGACAAUCAAGAUUGCGGGGUCCAUUCCGGCCCUCGGAAACUGGAACGCGGCUUCGGCGCCGGCACUCUCGGCGGCGCAGUACACGAGCUCCAACAAUCUAUGGACGUAUACAGUGACACUGCCAGUCGGAACGACUUUUGAAUACAAGUUCAUCAAUGUGGCCUCAAACGGUGCAGCGACUUGGGAGAGUGAUCCCAACAGGUCAUACACGGUACCGAGGGGAUGUGCAACUGCUGUUACUGUCAGUAGUAACUGGAAGUGA